AAGAGAAGGCAGGAGAGGUCUAGGGAGGGGCGAUCCUGGUGAACAGUUACACAGGGAGGCGCGUAACUCCAGAGCAGAAGGGGCGGAGAGUCACCUGGAGGGACUGAGACAGACCAGAGCAGGGAAGGGACGGGAACCUAGGCGGGGCGAGCGGAGAGGGAGUGAAGGGGCUGGGGCCAGGGUUGGGGGCGGGGACCAGGGGGGAGCGGGAGCCGAGUGGGGUGGGCGGGAGCCUGAGCCGGAAUCCCAGCGUGAGCAGGUGGAGCCGCGGCGGGAGGCAGCCGGGCCGAGCUGAGUAAGGCGGCAGGCUCGGCGGGGGCCAUGGAGCUGCUAAAGCUGAACCGAAGCGUGCAUGGAUCCGGACCCGGGCCGGGGGCUUCCCUGUGCCGCCCAGGUGGCCCUCUCCUCAACAGCAGCAGUGCGGGCAACCUCAGCUGCGAGCCCCCUCGCAUCCGCGGAGCCGGGACAAGAGAAUUGGAGCUGGCCAUUAGAGUCACGCUUUACGCAGUGAUCUUCCUGAUGAGCGUUGGAGGAAAUGUGCUUAUCAUCGUGGUCCUGGGACUGAGCCGCCGCCUGAGGACUGUCACCAAUGCCUUCCUCCUCUCACUGGCAGUCAGCGACCUCCUGCUGGCUGUGGCUUGCAUGCCCUUCACCCUCUUGCCCAAUCUCAUGGGCACAUUCAUCUUUGGCACAGUCAUCUGCAAGGCGGUUUCCUACCUCAUGGGGGUGUCUGUGAGUGUGUCCACGCUAAGCCUCGUAGCCAUCGCCCUGGAACGGUACAGCGCCAUCUGCCGACCACUACAGGCGCGCGUGUGGCAGACGCGCUCCCACGCGGCUCGAGUGAUUGUAGCCACGUGGCUGCUGUCGGGACUGCUCAUGGUGCCCUACCCUGUAUACACAGUCUUGCAACCAGUGGGGCCUCGUGUGCUGCAGUGCGUGCAUCGCUGGCCCAGUGCGCGGGUCCGCCAGACCUGGUCGGUACUGCUGCUGCUGCUCUUGUUCUUCAUCCCGGGUGUGGUUAUGGCCGUGGCCUAUGGGCUUAUCUCCCGUGAGCUCUACUUAGGGCUUCGCUUUGACAGUGACAGUGACAGCGAGAACCAAAACCGGGUCCGAAGCCAAGGAGGACUGCCGGGUCCUGUGCACCAGAACGGGCGUUGCCGGCCUGAGACGGGCCUGGCUGGCGAGGACAGUGAUGGCUGCUAUGUGCAACUUCCGCGUUCUCGGCCUGCACUGGAGCUGUCAGCGCUGACCGCUCCCACUCCUGGGUCAGGACCCGGCCCCCGUCCCACCCAGGCCAAGCUGCUGGCUAAGAAGCGGGUGGUGCGAAUGUUGCUGGUGAUCGUUGUGCUCUUCUUCCUGUGUUGGUUGCCAGUGUACAGUGCCAACACGUGGCGCGCCUUCGAUGGCCCGGGUGCACACCGUGCACUCUCAGGUGCUCCAAUCUCCUUCAUCCACUUGCUAAGCUAUGCCUCUGCCUGUGUCAACCCCCUGGUCUACUGCUUCAUGCACCGUCGCUUUCGCCAGGCCUGCCUGGACACAUGCUCCCGCUGUUGUCCCCGGCCUCCACGAGCUCGCGCCAGGCCUCUUCCAGAUGAGGACCCUCCCACCCCCUCCAUUGCUUCCCUGUCCAGGCUGAGCUACACCACUAUCAGUACGCUGGGGCCUGGCUGAGGGGUACAGGGAGUGUGGGGGCUGAGGCAGGGCAGAUGAAAGCAUUGACCCAUCUAGUCACACAAAACACACUGACCACAAAUGACACAAGAAACUGACACGCAACAGCAUGGACUAACCCCAAUGCACAGGAAAAGGUAGUUUACCUGACACAGAAGAAACAAGAAUGGAACGCUAUACAGGAAAGGAAGUAUACUUCCAAUAUGGGACUGAGCCCAGCCAUAGAAACAUGGCACUGACCUUGGACAGACACAGACACCACAUUCCUAGCAGUGAACUAUUUCUACACAGUGGGAACUCUGCCAAGAGAUGGCCUGCCCCUAACAAACAUAAAUUAAUGGAACUGACUCUUUUAGGAGUUACGGAGCCUGACACAGGACUGACUCCUGGGAUGCUCCAGGCUGUCCCCAGUUUGACCUCACAAUGCCCUUCUUCAACCAGCACUGAAAAUACCAUCAGGCCUAAUCUCAUACCUCCUUGACCAACAGGCUGUUUUGCACUGAAAAGUCCCUUCGUCCCUUUCCAGUUAAGGACUAUGGCUCUGUCCCCUUCUUCCUCACCCAAACUCUUCAAGAAAUAAUAAAUCACUUAGCUUCCUCCUG